AUGUAUUAUGCCGCUAAUACUUCGAUUAUAAUGGAAUUUCUUCAGCUCAUGUCUGUGGAAUAUGAAAUCAGUGUCACUAUGGCGGAAAUAUUAAAGUCGAUCAAAGAACAGCGUUUCUAUCAAACAAUUAUCUAUAUGGGUCAUGAGGAAAAAUCUUGUAGCUUUGGAACAGGACUUUAUAAUGUGGAUAGAAUUUCCCAGCUAUUGGCCAUGGUGGCUUUGUGUGGUCGACAAGUCCUGGAUGAAACAUUACUUCAAACGUUAUGGAAGUCGUUGAGGCGUAAUGUAAAGUCGCGAUUAUUGUUACUCUGCCGUACUGAUGGAGAUGAUGAUAAUUACAUUUGGAAAAUUAUGGAGUUUUGUACGAAAAACAAAGCGGUAAAUGUAAUGGCCAUUAAAGAGGAUUUUUGGAAAUCCCGAGAAUUUUAUACAACACAAAUAUAUCCGAAAUUUGAGGUGCGCAUUGAAAAAUUCUUGCCUUCGAAUGGAACUAUUUUCUAUCCAGAUCAUGUGAUGAAUAUGUAUGGGUAUCCAAUACGUUUGGGAAUCAACAAGGACGGCACGAAGGCUUAUGUUGUAGGGGAACUAGGCAAUAGCUAUAUUUUAAGUGGCCAUGUUGGAGCGUUCUUCACAGUUUUCUCGCGAAUCCACAAUGCUUCCAUAGAUUUACCGCACUACAAUAAAACAGCUGAGACAACUCUUGUGCUGUUGACGCAGUUAGUUGAGAAUGGGACCUAUGAUAUGUCUCUCGAAUUGGCAAUAAAUAUGUAUGUCAACGAUAUGGUGUACAGUAACACCUAUGAUUUUUUGGAUUGGUGCUUAAUGGUGCCAAUGGAGAAACCAAUUCCGGCCUAUCUUUUCUACAUUAACAUUUUUGAUGGUUUCUUAAUUGCAGUUAUUUUUUGCAGUGCCUUUUGUGUGGCUUUCUGUGUGGCCUUGACUUACUGGUUACGCGGCGAUGCAGUCUGUUGGUUAGAUGUUAUAUUUAAUAUCUACAUUUAUAAUGGCAUUUUGGGCCAUCCGUUCCAUAUGGAAAAGAAAUUUGCAGGAGUGCGUAGCUUUCUCUAUCUACUAAUAGGCAUGAGCGGUCUCAUUAUAAAUACUACGUUCGUGACACAUCUGCAAACCUUCAAAGCUCAUCCACCCACAGAGAAGCCCAUAACUACCUUAGAUGACUUUCGCAAUUCAAAGUUGAAAAUCGCUAUUUAUACCGAGGAGUUUAUGCUACUACAAAAAUACAAUGCCACCAGUGCCUAUGAAGAAUAUGCCCAUUUAGUACCCUCAUAUCGCGAUUAUCAUAGAUUGCGCGAUAGCUAUGACAAUCGCUUUGCCUAUCCCGUACCAUCGGCUCAAUGGUCUCAAUACGAACAACAACAACAGUUCUUUUCCAAACCAAAAUAUCGUUUAUCCGAUAUAUGUUUUGUUCGUAAGAUUGGUGUCAUGAUACCGAUGCAAUCGAAUUCACCCUAUGAAGAUGCCAUUAACAAAUUGAUUGGCAUUGUCAAUCAAGCCGGAUUAAUACAAUACUGGAAGACUCUUGAAUUUUUGGAAGCUCUUCAAAGGAAUCGUAUGAAUUUGAUUGAUGUCAGUGCGGUCAAUACUUAUGAAGUACUGAAAAUGGAGGAUAUAAAACUGCUGGGUUAUCUAAUUGGCGUGGUCGAAGAGGGAGUGCAUAAUUAA